AUGAAAAAAAAUAGCAUUUUAUCAGUGCCUAUUAAGUAUUAAAAUUAGAUAUAUUAAGUAGAAGUAAGAAUUAUAUAUUAUAUAGAUAUUUGCAUUUGAUACACCAUUAUAAAUAGCCUAUAGAUUUUGUACUUAACAGAAUUUAGAAUUCAAUUUUAUAUCACCACUUUCAAAAUAAAUUAUAUCCUUUGUGUCUAUGCUUUUGGAUUCUUCUAUUAUUGAUAACACUAUUAAAGCAUAAAUACGAUUACACUUUGAUAAAUUUAUAAAUAAUGCAAGUAUUAGAGAGAGUAUUAAAAUUGUGGACACUUCCAUAUAAAUUCGAAAUGAUUGCAUACAAAUUACAAAAUAAUAAGAAUCAACAAAAAAUAAAGAUGAAAAUUUCAAUUUUUCAUUUGAUAAAGACAAUAAUGAAGAUAACACAUCAAACCUUUAGGAUUAAUUUCAAUUUUCAUUUAAAAACAAAUUAUAAGACAUGUUAAAUCCAGAAAAAAAUUAACCUUCUUCUAGAGGUAGUAGUCGUAUAGAUCAUUAUGUUAAGAAUAAUUCAGUUCAUUAGAUUGAGAAUCUUCAAAAAUAGGAGAAAUUGAAUUAGAAAAUAAUGAAUAGAUUAAAAAACAAAUCACCUAGUAAAUCACCUAAUAAAAGAAUUGGCAUUCCUUAUUAAGAGUAUAUGAAAAGACCAAGUGUUUAAAUUGAUAAUUCUAAGGAUAGUUUUCAUUCAAAUCAUGGUCUCAGAAAUAGGCCUAGUCAAUUCAUCUCUGUUUAAUAAAGUCCCAUCUAUACACCAGAAAAGCAGGAACAAUAUACUAUUUAAACUUUACCAAAAGGUAGAAUAAGUAUGGAAAAAUCAAAGCAAUCUAAUUCAAGAAAUAUCUCACCAUAAGAAAUUAGUUUCUCUUAAUAAUAGAUAGAUUAAAGCAUAUAAUCAGUAAAGAAUUGAAUUAAAUUAUUUAGUCUAUGAUUAGUAAUGGAACAUUAUGUAAUAGUAGAAUUGAACAUUAAUCUAAGUAAGACAGAAUGAAGAGUUUCAAAGAUUUGAUGAAUAAAUUGUAAUGUAUUUCAACUCCUCAAAAGAGUUAAAGAAAUUAUGAAAUUUAUAUCAAACAAUAAAACAAUGCAUAUGCAAAAAUAGUAAACACCAUUUUUAGUGUAAAGUUAUUAGGAAUAAAAAAUUAAUGAAAUAUUUGCUAUACUUGAUACUAAUAAAGAUGGUUACAUAGAUCAUGAAGUCAAUUUAUAAUAAUUAAGAUAAUAAAUUAUAGAUUUGUUCGAACCAGUUUGGUUUCAAAUAUUGUGGAAGAAGAUUAAGAUUAAUAAAAGAUAGUUUUAAGAUAUGAUGUAAAAAAGGUAAUGAUUUAAGUAAUUAAGAAUUAAGGAUCUUGAUUAAUAAGAUAUUGGAAAAUUUAUAUUUAAUGGAAUUAAAAAGUGA